AUGGCUACCACGUCCUUUCUACUACAACGCUUUGAUCCAAAGCUAUGUGAGCAAUAUCUUGAAGAAGCCAUGCUUCAGCUGCGCAAGGAAGCAAAAGAAGCAGCGUUUCAAGAAACCCAACAACUAGCUUGUUUACAGCUGUUACUUAGACAUAAGUCAGUAUCUUACAAGAGGAAAAAAUCUCGGGCAAUCGCCGUUCUAGACAAUCAAAACAAAAAAUUUAUCAAAUUCUAUACUGCAUCGCUUUGCAAGUUUAUCCUCGACAAUAUGCUAGUUAUAAGAUACAAAGAGCCCCAUUCUGAGGUUAUGGUGUCGAUUGAAGCAUUAAUAUUCUGCUCGAAACGAAUCAGUUCGGUUGCAGCCUUUUCAUCAGUCCGGAAACAGUUCCGGCGUCAUUUUGGCAGAAGAUUUGUUACAAGAGCGGUUGGGAAUGCAAAUGUCAGUGUCCACGAUUCCAUCGUAUUGAGAUUAUCUGAUAGUUAUGCCACAGAAAAGCGUAUUGAUGCUCUUAUUUCGGCAGUGCGCGACAUCUCUACUACUCCUACUGCUCCUACUGCUCCUACUGCUCCUACUACUGAAGAUCGACGACCAGCAGCCCAACAGCAUGCCAAUAAUGGCGACACCAAAACGAAGAUUCAGAGUAACCAAUCCUUUGAAAUCUCAUUCGCAGCUGUGACAGGUCUCGAAGAGGAAAAAGAAACGUCGGAAGAUUGGGAGAAGCUUCCAACUGCGUUUGGUGCCUCCCCAUUGUCGAUUUCGCCUUCUGUUCAGAUUUCUGUGAAGAAACGUGAGGUCAGGAAAAGUGGCGUGGCUUCAUUCUCUCCAACGCUUCCGAUAUACGUUUUUCAGGCCAAUUCAAGUCUGGAGAUCGGAUUUGAUGCUAGAACGAGAAACCCAUUGUACGUGCUUCAAAGGCUAAGUGGAAAUUUGCAACACGGGUCGAAACCAAAGACACGGCCAACAUUCUACGAGGAUAAUCGAUUGCCUGAGGUUUACCGCUCCAAAUUUCAUCACUACUUUCGUAGUGGCUACGAUAGAGGACAUCUGGCUCCGGCUGCCGACUAUGCUGGAGAAAAGUAUGCUGAUACGUUUACAUUGAGCAACAUUUCACCGCAGGUGCAUAGUAUGAAUUGCACAAUAUGGGCAAAGUUGGAAAACUGGUGUAGAAGCGUCGCAAAAAUUGAAUAUCAAAGCUACAAGGCGCAAACCUAUGUUGUAACUGGACCUCUCUGGAAACCGAAGGUCCAAACGGGAAGCAACAGGUUUGGAUUUUCUUUCCCAGCGAUUGGUUCGUCUUCGACAUCUUUGGUCCAGGUGCCAACUCAUUUCUUCAAGAUAAUUGUGGUGGUAUCGGAUGAUACAAUCUGUAAGUUUGGUUGCUUCGUCGUCCCAAACGAAGAGGUUGAUGAAACAGACGCUGGCUCGCUACUGCAUUACGUUGCCAAUUGGACUGAUGUCGAAGCAAUGUCUGGUAUGAAAUUCUUUCCCAAUUUGACGAGUGACGAUGGCUGGAAAGAACGGGCAGAUUUGUUAGCACAGCAAAUAGGCCAAGGGAAAUGGGCUCACACUCCGAGUCCAAAGAACCCAUCACCAUUCAAACGAAAGAACAAGAUUAGGUCCUCUUCGGAGUCCUCCUCAACAUUGGAACAUCUGGUUGUGUAG